AUGGAUAAAAGCCAAGAAUACUUGUACAAAUCGAAGCUUCCGGAUAUCAAUCUCCCUCGCCAUCUUCCUCUGCACAACUACCUCUUUGAGAGAUUAGCAGAGACGAGAGACAAGCCAUGUCUGAUCGAUGCAGCCACAGGAAAGACAUACACCUAUGGACAAGUUCACACGAUUUCACGAAAAGUUGCUGCUGGUUUGGCCAAUCUGGGACUGCAAAAAGGCGACGUUGUGAUGCUUCUGCUGCCCAACUGCCCUGAAUUUGCAUUCGUCUUCUUGGGAGCCUCCAUGAGAGGCGCUAUUGCCUGCACUGCCAAUCCUUUUUACACACCGCCGGAGAUUUCCCGCCAGCUUAAAUCUUGCGGCGCAUGUGUGGUCGUCACCGAGGCUGCCUGUGUAGAAAAGCUCAGAGAUGAAAAAUUGGUGGUUAUCACCAUUGAUAGUCCGCCGCCGGGAUGUCUGCAUUUUUCUGUUCUGAACGAAGCGAAUCAGAAAGGGCAGUUUUUGCAGUGUGGGGAAGAUGAUGUGGUGGCGUUGCUCUAUUCAUCGGGAACCACGGGGCUUCCCAAGGGAGUCAUGAUAACUCAUAACAACUUCGUUUGUAGCGUUGCUCAGCAGAUGGACGGGGAAAAUCCGAAUUAUUACUUGCAUGGUGGCGACGUCGUUCUGUGCCGGUUGCCUCUGUUUCAUAUUUAUGGCCUCAAUAAUGUGUUUCUUUGCUCGCUCAGAGGUGGCGCUGCUAUUCUCAUUGUGCGUAAGUUUAAUGGUAUUGGGGAUUUGAUGGAGAAAGUAGAGAGGUUCAGGAUCACCGUUGCUCCGCUUGUGCCUCCCAUUAUCUCGGAAAUAUUGAACGCGUCUUCGGUCUUUUCUAGAUACGAUACGUCGUCGAUCAGAAGGAUCGUUUCGGGCGGUUCUUCCAUUAUUGACGGCGCAGCAUACGGGAGGUUGAAAGAGCUUUUCCCUAAAGCCGCGUUUGGUCAGGGUUAUGGUAUGACGGAAGCCCAAGUGCUGGCAAUGAACUUAGGUUUUGCCAAGUUUCCUUUUGAAUCAAAUCCGGGAUCAUGUGGAACUGUUGUUCGAAACGCUGAAAUGAAAGUAAUUGAUAUAACAAGUGGACUUUCUCUACCCCACAAUCACACCGGCGAAAUCUGCAUUCGAGGACCUCAAAUUAUGAAAGGCUAUUUGAAUGAGCCAGAAGCUACAGCCAAAACUGUUGACAAGGAAGGGUGGCUACACACUGGCGACAUCGGUUACAUUGACAACAACCAAGAAAUUUUCAUAGUCGAUCGAAUUAAAGAGCUUAUUAAGUACAAGGGAUUCCAGGUGGCUCCUGCUGAGCUGGAAGCUUUAUUGUUGAGUCAUCCGGGAAUAGCUGAUACAGCCGUGACUGGAGAGAAAGACCAAAUGAGAGGAGAGGUGCCUGUGGCAUUCGUUGUAAGAUCCGCAGGAAGCAAAAUAAAUGAGCAAGAAAUACGAGAAUUUGUAGGAAAAAGAGUUGUAUUCUACAAAAGAAUUCGUAAGGUUUAUUUUGUCCCUCAAAUUCCCAGAUCUCCUUCGGGCAAGAUAUUGCGCAAAAGUUUAAAGUCAGCAUUAUAAAACCCAAACUACUAUUCCAGUGUGGAGUACGCAUUCUUCCAUGUCUAUAAGAGUUCAUGCAAUUUCCUCUUCUAAAAAUCAAAAAUCACACUUUCUAAAUUUAAAACAAAA